AUGUCGACCAAGUUAGAUGCCCCCCAGCAGUUCAAGCAACCCUCUCGUAAGGGUAAGAAGGCUUGGCGCAAGAAUGUCGAUGUUACAGAAGUUCAGGAGGGUCUGCGUUUGCUGAAAGAUGAACAGAUUAAAGGCGGUAUCUUAUCAGAGAAGCCAUCCGAUGAGCUGUUCACGAUUGAUACGACUGGAAAUGAGGAUGUGCGCAGACAAAUUGCCAAAAAGCAUAAGCCUCUUAAAGCGGACGAGAUUAUCGCCCAACGGUCUUCCAUUGCCGCACUGGACGGUCGCAAGCGUGGAAACUCAAACUUGACCGACGGAGUUAUUGAGCCAAAGAACAAGAAGCACAAGAAGGAUUGGAUCAGCAACAAGGAGAAAUUGCGCUUGCAGCAAGUUGCGAAGGAAGGAAAUCCCGCCAACAAGAUUCAUGGAGGUGAACUUUACGACCCCUGGGCCGAAGAUGUCGAAACACCUGUUGUAGUUGACGACCCACGUUUCGACUUUUUGCCUAAGCCCAAGGCUAAGGUCGCUCCUGUUACCAUUAAAGAACAACCCGUGUCUCUUGCCGCCAAUGGAAAGCCUAUCCCAUCAGUUCGAACACCACAUGCAGGAACCAGUUACAACCCUGUCUUCGAGCAAUGGGAUAAUCUGUUAGCGGAGCAAGGUGAAGCAGCCGUUGAGGCAGAGAAGAAGCGUCUCGAAGAAGAAGCGAAAGAGGCAGAAAAGGAGCGCCUAAGAGAAGAAGCCCAGGGUGACGAUGGCGAAGCGAAGUCUGAUGACGAAAGUGCUUGGGAGGGAUUCGAGAGCGAGUAUGAGAAGCCUGAGUGGCUGAACAAGAAGCGACCUGAGCGAAAGACUAAGACCCAGCGCAACAAAAUCAAUCGAAGGAAGGAGGCUGAGCGUAAGGCCAAAUGGGAGGCCAAACUGGCCGCGAAAGAAGCCCAGGCCGAGAAGGUGGAACUUCUUGCAGAGGAGGCGAGACAGCGGGCGAUUCAAAUGGAGAAUCAGUCUGACGGCGAUGAUUCGGAGGAGGGUGAUGAUACUCAGCUUCGACGCAAGACCUUUGGAGGAAAACUUGCACCCCCCGAGAAGGCAUUGGAGGUCGUCCUCCCAGAUGAACUGCAAGACUCACUCCGACUCCUCAAGCCGGAAGGAAACUUGUUAGAUGAUCGAUUCAGAACUCUCAUUGUACAAGGCAAACUUGAGUCCCGCAAGCCGAUCACACAAGCUCGCAAGGCCAAGAGAAAGGUGACUGAGAAGUGGAUGUCGAAGGACUUCAAGGUUCCAGGUUUAGAGUAA